AUGUUGGUGGAGGAUAUGUCGAGAAAUAAGUGUUUUUUUCACAGGCUCGAGUAUCACAUAUUUCACGUUUUAUAUCCAUUUGUGACCUAUUUACUGACUCUCCCUCAUAUAUAUAAUCUAACAUGUUCAUUAGUUGGUUGUGUAAUGUGAUUCUCCAUCGAUACUUCUAUACUUUGGCAAAGAGAACCAAAUAAUAUGACAAAUUAGUUAAUGCAAUAAUUUAUUUUUAUUUUAAUUUUUAAAUGUGUUAAUUAAAAAUAAGUCCCUAGAUCCAUUUAUAACUCCUAUGCUUCAUCCCAGAUGUCUAUAGUUUAGUGAUGCAUUUAAAGUGAAAUUUUACAAAUGUCUCCAACUGCCAUCUCUAAAAAAAAAUAGUAAACUGUUCUAGCAGAAACUAAAAAUGUGCCAGCCUGAGUACCGCCCAAGGCGGCAAGGAAUUCCGCUCCCAUCAGUUAUAAACAAAUAAACUUUACCAAAACCUUGCCUCAGUAAAUAAAAACACGCAAUUUCCAGACGCUGUGAUGAAAGUCGCCCUUGGUCUUACAAUAUUACGUAACAUAUUUAGAUUAUCGAGACUUAAUGGCUACGGUACGAACAGAGUAUUGGCAAAAAUACAUUUUCAUUUAGCAGAAACAAAAAAAUUGUGUGUGUGUGUGCACGUAGUGUGGGGCGGGGGGAAUUUAUGAAAUGUCCCAUCCAAGGUGACAACUUUGUUCCAAUGGGGUAAGAGUAGGGCUUCUGGGGUUCCAUUUAUUUUUUAAACAUUCAUUUAAAAAAUAUAAAACAAAUUAUUGCUGAUACAGAGCCAUUCUCUAAAAGCGAGUUUUCUUGAGGUUUGUCCACAUUUUCAUUACUUUUUUCUGAAUAUUCCAGUGAUAUCUGCAAAUGCAGAGUCUCAUUUUACGGAAGUGAAAACAAGGAAGUACGUUUUUAAAAUACAUUUUUAAACAUUGUACAGAUCUUGUGUUUACACUUGCUAGUACCGAUUCUGUGUAAAUGUUUUGAUAAAUUGCUCUAAUUCUUCUACAGAUAUUUUCUUUUCAAUGAAAAAUGUGUAGGUAUUUAAAGACAUUCAGUAGGCCAUGCACAAAAUCUAUAAAAGUAAUGGGGGUAGGUGAGCCAUAAACAAACUUUGCCGUGGGCCCCACUGAUCCGCGAUACACCACUGCUUGGUUCCCUGCGCUCUCGCGACCGCUCGGGGCGACCGGCUGUACCGGUGUGCACUGCCUAAUGCGGUGGUGUCCAGUACAAUUUACAAGCAAAACAAAGUACUAUUUACAGUUUCUCAUAGUGAUUUGAAAUUUUCCACAAAUAAUAUUGUCGCGUGUCACCAGUGACAUCCCACAGGUUGUAACAAGUUCGACCGUUAAUUUGUUAGAUAUUUUUGAACUGUCGCAGCAGUAUAGGUGAUGUAAACGAUAGCUCGCUUCAUGUCGUUUCGUACAACUGCUGUGCAAACCCGUGAUAAUUAUAACUGUCACUGUCCUCUUGGAUGUGUUGCUCUGUAUAAAAGUCCCGACGUUUCGGAGGAACCUCUUGUCUUCAUCCUUAGGGUAGAAAAGUAAUCCUCUCGGUGAAGUGAGGGCACUGGUAUGGCGUGCUCAGAAGACGAAAACACCAGGCCCAUCCGAAACGCUGGAGUUUUUCUAACAGAGCACAUGGCUUCGCAUUGCUCUACAUAGCGAUCUUCAUAUUCAGCGCCGUAAGAACAUAAAAUGUUACGCCCGUAACAAUUAUUUUGAUACCUUUCUUUAUCACCUUCGUUUGUGAAUUAUCUUGAUGAGUAAAGUGUUUCAUACAGCAACCAGCAAAAAUGGCCGACUCGGAGAAAGAAGAAGCAGCAAAUCUGCAAAUGGAGUUUGAGUGGGUUUUGCAUGAAGAGGUUCAUGCUGUACUUAAUCAACUUCAUACCAUUUUAUUGGAAUGCGUUCGCCGGUUCCCUGUCCCCUUGUGUGGCAAUGAUGGGGCACAAAAGCAGGACAAGUUUGUUUUGACAGCACCUCCAGAACAACUGAAGUGUGUGGUGACAGUAACGGGGGACAGCAUCACACAUGCGGACAUUAACUUCAAGGUUCAACGCCAGCAGAAUGUGAUACACCGCACAAUGAUUCAGAAUGACAACCCUUGGAAACUGCAGCAGGUUCAGGAUGCAGGUAACCAUCUGCAACAAGCUAUCCUGCACAUUGAAAAUGUUGACAAAGAUUACAUGUUCAAAUCAUCAGAGGAAGUAUUACAUGUCUUGGGGAACAUUUUGGGUUGCUUGCAACGCGGACGUAGCAGUCUGAUUGUACCUCGAAAACGUACGAUAGAUGAUUUAAUGAAGAGUCGGAAUAUGAAAUCUUUAGCUCCAAGUCUCCCUGAAGAUUUGGCUAUCAGUUUCUAUAUUCAGAGUCACAAGCUGAUCUUUGCAGUGUACCAGCUCAGCAAUGUUCAUGGUACCAUGAAAUUUGACUCUCAUCAGGCAGAAUGCUCCAUCCCGUGGCUUAACGAGGUGUUGGUACUUUUCACUGUAGCUCUGCAACUUAGCCAGCAACUUAAAGACAAGAUCUGUGUGUUCUCUCAGUACAGAGAUUUCACUGUUGGGUCACGCUCAAAUUCAGCUCUGUCUUGGUGAGGAACAGCAGGAUAGUGGAUGUUUAGUAUCAAGUGGACACUUGCUAAGAGUGAAGUGAUGGAUGGCUGGGAAUUGGCAAGUGAAGUGGCUACAAGACCCGAGUGCCAGCUGAUCUGUGAUAGCUGUUCCCAGCAACUAGUUGCUUCAUCCUCACUCAUCAUUAUUUAUUGAAUAUAAUCAGCAGUCUAAUUGAGGACAUUUAACUUCCAGCCAGACAUUCCAUUUCCUUCUUGUUGCAGUUCAUAGUUCAGUAGUGAGAACAUACGUAUUUACAGCUCUCGAUUAAACGAUUAAGUUUUAAUUGUUUAAAGGCUCAAGCAGAAAGUUAAAUAUAUGUUUACUCCACUGUGCUGUGCAGGAUAACAAGGAAUAUUGAGUAGAAAUUACCAUGAAGUGUAGGAAUCAUCUCUUUCCUGUCGGAAGACAUAUUACCAGUGAACCUCGUGUUUAGUAGUGACUGGUCUUUGAGUCCUAAUUUGUUUUCAAUUUUGAAAAUGUAUAUACUUAAUAUAAAAAUAUGGGAAAAUAGGUAGCUUUAGAGCACUAAGAGAUUAGCUCGUAAACAUGUAAA